CAAACACCCAUCGAUCACUCCUUCCCUUGCAUUGCUGUCUCUUUCACUAUUCUAACCUCAAUGGCUGCUUCAACAAUGGCUCUCUCUUCCCCAUCAUUUGCCGGCAAGGCAGUGCAGGUUGCUCCGUCAACUCCGGAGCUCGGUGUUGGACGUGUCUCCAUGAGGAAAACAGGCUCCAGGCGGGCUUCCUCCGGCAGCCCAUGGUACGGCCCCGACCGUGUCAAGUACUUGGGACCAUUCUCCGGUGAGCCCCCAUCUUACCUUACUGGAGAAUUCCCCGGUGACUAUGGCUGGGACACUGCAGGGCUUUCUGCCGACCCAGAGACCUUUGCCAAGAACCGUGAGCUUGAAGUCAUCCACUCCAGAUGGGCCAUGCUCGGAGCCCUCGGGUGCGUCUUCCCGGAGCUCUUGUCCCGGAAUGGCGUCAAGUUCGGCGAGGCCGUGUGGUUCAAGGCCGGAGCUCAGAUCUUCAGCGAAGGCGGUCUUGACUACUUGGGCAACCCGAGCUUGGUCCACGCGCAAAGCAUUCUGGCCAUCUGGGCAACUCAGGUCAUCUUGAUGGGUGCCGUUGAGGGUUACCGUAUUGCCGGUGGGCCACUCGGUGAGGUGACGGACCCCAUCUACCCGGGUGGAAGCUUUGACCCAUUGGGUCUUGCUGAUGACCCGGAAGCUUUUGCUGAGCUUAAGGUGAAGGAGCUCAAGAAUGGAAGAUUGGCUAUGUUCUCUAUGUUUGGCUUCUUUGUUCAGGCCAUUGUGACUGGAAAGGGGCCAUUGGAGAACUUGGCCGACCACCUUGCCGACCCAGUAAACAACAAUGCCUGGGCUUACGCAACAAACUUCGUCCCCGGAAAGUCCUGUGAGGCCGUAACACAAACACCCAUCGAUCACUCCUUCCCUUGCAUUGCUGUCUCUUUCACUAUUCUAACCUCAAUGGCUGCUUCAACAAUGGCUCUCUCUUCCCCAUCAUUUGCCGGCAAGGCAGUGCAGGUUGAUCCGUCAACUCCGGAGCUCGGUGUUGGACGUGUCUCCAUGAGGAAAACAGGCUCCAGGCGGGCUUCCUCCGGCAGCCCAUGGUACGGCCCCGACCGUGUCAAGUACUUGGGACCAUUCUCCGGUGAGCCCCCAUCUUACCUUACUGGAGAAUUCCCCGGUGACUAUGGCUGGGCCACUGCUGGGCUUUCCGCCGACCCAGAGACCUUUGCAAAGAACCGUGAGCUGGAAGUCAUCCACUCCAGAUGGGCCAUGCUUGGAGCCCUCGGGUGCGUCUUCCCGGAGCUCUUGUCCCGGAACGGCGUCAAGUUCGGCGAGGCCGUGUGGUUCAAGGCCGGAGCUCAGAUCUUCAGCGAAGGCGGUCUUGACUACUUGGGCAACCCGAGCUUGGUCCACGCGCAAAGCAUUCUGGCCAUCUGGGCAACUCAGGUCAUCUUGAUGGGUGCUGUUGAGGGUUACCGUAUUGCCGGUGGGCCACUCGGUGAGGUGACGGACCCCAUCUACCCAGGUGGAAGCUUUGACCCAUUGGGUCUUGCUGAUGACCCGGAAGCUUUUGCUGAGCUUAAGGUGAAGGAGCUCAAGAAUGGAAGAUUGGCUAUGUUCUCUAUGUUUGGGUUCUUUGUUCAGGCCAUUGUGACUGGAAAGGGGCCAUUGGAGAACCUCGCUGACCACCUUGCCGACCCAGUAAACAACAAUGCCUGGGCUUACGCCACAAACUUCGUCCCCGGAAAGUGAGCCGGAGAUAUUGAGACCCCGUGAAGCUUUUCUCCUCAAAAUUGCACAAAAUGUGAAUUACCUGUAGUACUUCUCCUCUGAAUCUCUGAUCAUUGAAUGCCAUUAUUUUUUGGAUUUUCAAAGCUCAUUAUUUUAUUAUCAUCCUGUUCUCUUUA